AGUUGAUCCGUUCACUAUUGUCUCGGAAUUAAGUCGUGUCACAGAUCAUGGCUCCCUGGCCGGAGGUAGAAAAGCCUGAAACCAACAACUAUAUUGGGGACUCUUCCAAACAAAACCAGAACAUGGCUGGGAAAGAAGGAGAAAAUCACAAAGGCAACGUGGCUUCACUUGGAAAUAAAGGGGAAAUUCAACCUGCAUUUUCCACAGUAGCUUUGAUAGAUGAGACAAGACCAGAAGAAGAAGACCCGUGGGCUCUGCCAGAACUGCAGGACACCGGGGUCAAGUGGUCAGAUCUGGAUACAAAAGGAAAAGUCAUUCGUGUACUCUAUGGGAUAGGGAAGUUUGUUAUGCUCCUUGGAUUACUCUACAUGUUUGUGUGUUCUCUGGAUGUACUGAGCUCUGCUUUUCAACUGGUAGGAGGUAAAGCAGCAGGGGACAUAUUUAAAGAUGAUUCAGUGCUCUCGAAUCCUGUUGCGGGACUGGUGAUCGGAGUUCUGGUGACUGUGAUGGUCCAGAGUUCCAGCACCUCCUCAUCCAUCAUAGUCAGCAUGGUGUCCUCCACAUUGCUGACUGUUAGAGCAGCUAUUCCUAUCAUCAUGGGAGCAAACAUUGGCACCUCAGUUACAAACACAAUUGUGGCACUUAUGCAAGCUGGGGACAGGAAUGAAUUUAGAAGGGCCUUUGCUGGGGCAACAAUCCAUGAUUUCUUUAACUGGCUGGCUGUGUUUGCACUGUUACCCGUUGAAGUCAUUACUGGCUAUCUCUUCCAUCUCACCAAUGUUAUAGUUGAGUCCUUUCACCUUGAAAGUGGUGAGGAUGCUCCAGAGCUACUAAAAGUUAUCACAGACCCCUUUACAAAGCUCAUCAUUGAGCUUGAUAAAUCAGUAAUAAAUGCAAUUGCCACUAACGAUGAAUCAGCAAAAAACAAAAGCCUGGUAAAGAUCUGGUGUGUGACUGAAACCAAUGUGACACUGCAGAAUGUCACAAUUCCACCUUACGAAAACUGCACAUCUCCUGAGUUUUGCUGGAGUGAAGGAAAUACAACAUGGACCCUCAAGAAUAUAACUGAAACAGACUAUAUCAGUAAAUGCCAACACAUCUUUGUAAACUCAGACCUGCCUGAUCUUGGUAUCGGGCUCAUCCUUCUGGCUUUGUCCCUGCUUGUUCUCUGCUCCUGUUUGAUAGCGAUCGUUAAGCUAUUAAACUCUGUGCUUAAAGGACAAGUGGCCAGCGUUAUCAAGAAGACAAUCAACACUGAUUUUCCAUUUCCUUUUACUUGGCUGGCUGGAUACCUGGCUAUGCUUGCAGGGGCUGGUAUGACCUUCGUUGUCCAAAGCAGUUCUGUUUUCACAUCUGCCAUUACACCCCUUGUUGGCAUUGGCGUUAUAAGCAUUGAGCGCUCUUACCCGCUCACCUUGGGAGCCAACAUUGGCACAACCACAACAGCUAUACUUGCAGCUCUGGCAAGUCCUGGGAGUACAUUAAAAUAUUCAUUACAGAUUGCCUUGUGCCACUUUUUCUUCAAUGUCUCUGGGAUUAUUCUGUUUUAUCCGAUACCUUAUACCCGCCUGCCAAUCCGCAUGAGCAAGACCUUGGGAAAUAUAACUGCCCAGUACAGAUGGUUUGCUAUAUUUUAUCUUCUCCUCUGUUUCUUUUUGUUGCCUUUGUUUGUAUUUGCUCUGUCACUGGCAGGCUGGGGAGUCCUUUUGGGUGUUUGCCUUCCCCUGUUUCUUCUUUUUAUUGCUGUGGUUAUAAUUAAUGUUAUGCAGAAAAGGAAACCACAUUCACUGCCUGAGAAGCUCCAAAACUGGGAUUUCCUACCUGUGUGGAUGCACUCCCUAGAGCCCUGGGACAAUAUGCUUAUGGCUUCCCUUGCUUUUUGUGGGAAACACUGCUGUGGCUUCUGCAAGUGUUGCAAAGUCAAUGCUGAACAGGAGGGUGCCAAAGACAACCAGCUAAAAACUAUGGAAGUUUAUGAAAACACCAUGGCAAUGGCUGAUGAUGAAAGAGGUGGAAGAAGGGCACCAGCAGUAGCCUGUGUUGACAAAACAGGCACAAACAACACAGCAUUAUAGUAUUGGAUCCAUGCAUAUUAGCAGAGAUACAGCACAGGACAGCCAGGCUCAUCAAAACCACCUUGGACCUUGCACUGAGGACAGAGUGAAUAUUUU